AUGAAUAUCCAAUUCAAUCUAAUCUUGGAACCUUCAGGAGCAAGUUUCCAAGCCGAAGUAUCCAUGGACAAUCAUGGAUCUUUGGAAUUCAAAACGACUUUGGGUUUCAAUAAAACUCAACAGCUGCAUCGCAAUCCAAUAUACGAAGAACAUCCGGAGAAUCCGAGCAGAAUUGAUGUUUGUCGGAACUUCCUAGUAGAAACUGGACUCAUAAAGGAAUGCCAGGAAAUCGAUGCAUUCCCUUCACUUGAUGACUUGGAUCUUCGGCAAACUCAUGCCGAAGGUCACGUGAAUAGGCUGCUGAAGGAGGCGAUCUCUAUGGAUCAGGAAUCUCUAAACCAUCUAUGUGAAGAUUAUGACUCUGUGUUCAUGACACCGGUAGGGUCAAUAGAAGCCGCAAAGUCAGCUGUUUCGUGCUGCCGUUGGCUAGCCGAAAGUAUCGUAGAAGACAAGGUGACUUCAAUUUGCUUACCUAAACAUUUAUUAUUAUCUUUUUAGUG